GUGCAGACGUUGCUUCAGCAAAUGCAGGACAAAUUUCAAACCAUGUCUGACCAAAUAAUUGGAAGAAUCGAUGACAUGAGCUGUCGCAUAGAUGACCUGGAGAAGAACAUAGCAGACCUCAUGACGCAAGCGGGAGUGGAGGAACUGGAAGGCGAGAACAAGACCCCUGCUCCUAACAAGAGUUAAAGUUGCCAAUAACUUGAGAUGAAUCCUGGAAGACUUUUUUUUUCCUACAAAUCCUUGGAAUUAUACAACAGCUUUUUGCAACUACUGUGUGUAAAAGCAUUUUUCUAUUGUUACAGAGCUUGCGUUCCUGAUGUCUAUUGUAUAGUUUGAGGUAGGUUAGUUUCUAUUUGGAUUCGUGUACUGUAAUUUCACUUUUUGAAUUCUUGUUAUGAGGAUCAAUUAGUUGUGUUAUUAAAACACAGAUCUUAGGGAUCUCAA